CAGUCCGAACUGGUUGGAGCCGGUUCCUCCACACUGGGGGCCGAGCCGCGUUGGAGAAGUGGCGCCGCGCGUGUUGCCGCCUCCUCCUCCUUGCGUGAGGGGAGAGAGAGACAGACAGACAGACGCUGGCUUACACGAGGGAAGACGAGGAGGAGGCUCUCUCCUCACCAGCAGAGCAGAGCUCACCACCGCUCACGGGGUCGACAACAACAACAACCCAGGGGUUAACAAAAAGCACCAAGAGACACGGGGGUCAGAGAGACCCGGGCAGUAGACGAGCUUCAUGCCGGCCAUAAUGACCAUGUUGGGAGACCACACAGCACGUCAGCUGCUCGACUUCAGCCAGCGGCUCGACAUCAACCUCCUGGACAGCGUGGUGAGCUGGCUGUACCAGGGCGAGGGCCCGCAGCAAAGGAUGGCGCAGGAGGUGCUCACCCAUCUGAAGGAGCACCCUGACGCCUGGACCCGCGUGGACACAAUUCUGGAGUUCUCGCAAAACAUGAACACCAAAUACUACGCCCUGCAAAUAUUGGAGAACGUCAUAAAGACACGCUGGAAAAUCCUGCCGCGGAACCAGUGCGAUGGAAUAAAGAAGUAUGUUGUGGGCCUGGUGAUUAAAACGUCUCAAGACCCAAUCAAUCUUGAGAAAGAGAAAGUUUACAUUGGAAAGUUGAACAUGAUACUGGUUCAGAUCCUGAAGCAGGAGUGGCCGAAGAACUGGCCGACGUUCAUCAGCGACAUCGUGGGUGCCAGCCGCACGUCCGAGUCGCUGUGCCAGAACAACAUGGCCAUCCUGAAGCUGCUGAGCGAGGAGGUGUUUGACUUCUCGAGUGGGCAGCUCACUCAGUUCAAGGCCAAGCACCUCAAGGACAGCAUGUGCAACGAGUUCUCACAAGUGUUCCAGCUCUGCCAGUUUGUCAUGGAAAACUCCCAGAAUGCACCACUUGUUGCCGCCACCUUAGAGACACUUUUGCGCUUCCUGAAUUGGAUUCCUCUCGGGUACAUCUUUGAGACGAAACUCAUCAGCGUCCUCGUUUACAAGUUCCUCAACGUACCCAUGUUCCGUAACGUGACGCUCAAGUGCCUGACGGAGGUGGCGGGCGUGCGGGUGAGCCAGUACGAGGAGCAGUUCGCCACCCUCUUCAGCAUCACCAUGGCCGAGCUCAAACAGAUCCUACCGCUGCAGACCAACAUCCGGCUGGCGUACGCGACGGGCAAGGACGAGGAGCAGAAUUUUAUCCAGAACCUGAGCCUCUUCCUGUGCACCUUCCUCAAGGAGCACGGCUCGCUGGUGGAGCGCCGCGGCGACCUCCGCGAGGGGCUGCUCGAGGCCUUGCACUACAUGGUGGUGAUCUCGGAGGUGGAGGAGACGGAGAUCUUCAAGAUCUGCCUGGAGUACUGGAGCCACCUGGCGUCGGAGCUCUACCGCGAGAGCCCCUUCUCGGCCGCGCCGCUGUUACUCGGCAGCCCGCACCACGACGUUCCACCCCGGCGACAGAUAUACCUGCCAGUCCUGUCCAAGGUACGACUCGUCAUGGUGUGCCGAAUGGCCAAGCCGGAGGAGGUGCUCGUGGUGGAGAACGACCAGGGCGAGGUGGUGCGGGAAUUCAUGAAGGACACGGACUCCAUCAGCCUCUACAAGAACAUGAGGGAGACGCUCGUGUACCUGACGCAUCUGGACUACACCGACACGGAGCGCAUCAUGACGGAGAAGCUGCAGGCCCAGGUGAGCGGUGUCGAGUGGUCGUGGAAGAACCUCAACACGCUUUGCUGGGCCAUCGGAUCCAUCAGCGGCGCCAUGCACGAGGAAGAUGAGAAGCGCUUCCUCGUCACCGUUAUCAAGGACCUGCUGGGGCUCUGCGAGCAGAAGCGCGGCAAAGACAACAAGGCCAUCGUGGCCUCCAACAUCAUGUACGUCGUGGGGCAGUACCCCCGCUUCUUGCGCGCCCACUGGAAGUUCCUCAAGACCGUCGUCAACAAGCUCUUUGAGUUCAUGCACGAGACGCACGACGGCGUGCAGGACAUGGCGUGCGACACGUUCAUCAAAAUCGCGCAGAAGUGCCGCCGCCACUUCGUGCAAGUGCAAGCCGGGGAGGUGAUGCCCUUCAUCGACGAGAUCCUCAACGGCAUCAACACCAUCAUCUGCGACCUGCAGCCGCAGCAGGUGCACACCUUCUACGAGGCGGUGGGCUACAUGAUAGGCGCCCAGACCGACCAGGUGCUGCAGGAGAGACUCAUUGAGAAGUAUAUGCUGCUUCCCAACCAAGUGUGGGACAGCAUCAUCCACCAGGCCACCAAGAACGUGGACAUCCUGAAGGACGCGGAGACUGUGAAGCAGCUGGGUAACAUCCUCAAGACGAACGUGCGCGCGUGUCGCGCCGUGGGCCACCCCUUCGUGGUGCAGCUGGGCCGCGUCUACCUGGACAUGCUCAACGUCUACAAGUGCCUGAGCGAGAACAUCUCCACCGCCGUGCAGGCCAACGGAGAGAUCGUGACGAAACAACCACUGAUUCGCAGCAUGCGCACCGUCAAGAAGGAGACGCUGAAGCUCAUUUCCGACUGGGUCAGCCGCUCCACCGACCCCAAGAUGGUGGCCGAGAACUUUGUGCCGCCCCUGCUCGACGCCGUGCUGCUGGACUACCAGCGCAACGUGGCGGCGGCGCGCGAGCCGGAGGUGCUGGCCACCAUGGCGACGGUGGUGAACCGCCUGGAGAGCCACAUCACCGCCGAGAUCCCACACAUCUUCGACGCCGUCUUCGAGUGCACGCUCGAAAUGAUCAACAAGGACUUUGAGGAACACCCCGAGCACCGCACCAACUUCUUCCUGCUGCUGCAGGCCGUCAACACACACUGCUUCCCGGCAUUCCUGGCCAUCCCUCCCGCGCAGUUCAAGCUGCUCCUCGACGCCACCAUCUGGGCCUUCAAGCACACGAUGCGCAACGUUGCCGACACGGGUCUUUCCAUCCUGUUGGCACUGCUGCAGAAUGUGAGUCAGGAAGGGGCGGCCGCACAGAGCUUCUACCAGACGUACUUCUGUGACAUCCUGCAGCACAUCUUCUCGGUGGUCACGGACACCUCGCACACCGCAGGCCUGACGAUGCACGCCACGAUCCUGGCGUACAUGUUCAACCUGGCGGAGGAAGGCCGCGUCACGGUGCCACUCAACCCCGCGAUGCCCGCCUCCAAUAACGUGCCCUUCGUGCAGGAGUACAUCGCCAACCUGCUCAAGUCGGCCUUCCCACACCUGCAAGAUGCACAGGUGAAGCUGUUUGUGACGGGGCUGUUCAGCCUGAACCACGACAUCCCGGCCUUCAAAGAGCAUCUGCGCGACUUCCUGGUGCAGAUCAAGGAGUUUGCAGGGGAGGACACGAGCGACCUGUACCUGGAGGAACGCGAGUCGUCGCUGCGGCAAGCGAACGAGGAGAAGAGGAAGGUGCAGAUGUCGGUGCCGGGCAUCCUGAACCCGCACGAGAUCGGGGACGACAUGUGCGACUGACGCGCCCGAUCACCCCGCCCGUCCCCGUGUCCGUCCAUUUACCCAGAUCGCACGGCGAACCCGGCCCCAGUAAAUUCACACUGGACACAAAAUCUACGCUUCCAGGUGACCGCGACGGGACGAGAGGAUGGCGUCGCGAGGCCGUGCGUUUAACGCGUUUAGUUUAUUGUGCUCGGCGUAGUUUUUUUUCUUUUUCUCUCCGACGAGAGCGCGAAGGUGUCGAGUGAGCUUUCUGUUUUCUUCGCCCCCUCCCCGGACUCCCCUUUUAUAUAAAUGUGCGCGAGAGCGGCCUCCUGUUUUAUUUAAACGUUGGGCGAUUUGUCUUUUGUUUUUAACACGUGACCCGAGGGACGGUUUCACUCUAGCAGUGUGCGCGCGCGAUUAACGGCACCGUCCGUUUCCCGCACCUCCGAUUAGCGCGGUCGGCUACGUACAGCGCGAAAGACGUUUAACAUACAUACAUACAGCCGGUGCCAAGUGACGGCUCUGUUGGUACAGAUACAUCUGCAAUGUAAUCUGCCAAUGUCAUAACAUGUAUAACUGUCCUAACAUGUAUAACUGCACCCACACACCAUUGUACUGAAGUCUUGGAGUCAAGAUACCCACUCACAUAUGCCCUUCACUGACAAUUUUAUGGAAAAUAUGAACUUUUAAGUGAGAUGAGAAAUGCUGCCAUGGUAUAAUGAAUGGCUGGCUCGCGGGACUUUAAACGCAGUGGUCACCAGUUCGAUCUCCAGGUGUGACAGUAAAAACAAUUGCGCAAGUUGUGUAAAUCUUACCUGCCCCCCCACCUCUCCCCCCCCUCCCGGCUUCUGCCCACCUUGCAGUAUAAUUGGGUAUACCACAGUUAGUCAUCGGAAGGUCGUGUGAUGGGGUACUUACAACCUCUUCCAAGACGCCUGACCAGCGUGGGAGAGUAGACCAAACAUAACUUCUAUAAAUGGAUUCUCAAGCUCCCUUUAGUGGAGGCCCUUCUGAACAACAGUGGCAUUGAGGAAGCAAUUGCAGGGUUGCACCUUGAUCUUUUGAAAUGUUAAAACACCAACUGGUACUCCCGCAAAUAACAGUACAGUAAAUACGCGGUAGUAGAUGCACUCCUGGAAAAUGCUGCGUUAAAGCGAAAACAAUUUGCCCAUAAAGAAUGUAAGGGUAAUGUUUGGUGUGAUACGAUGUACUACACACAUACAGCGAGAUGGCGGGACAAAGAACUGAGGGUAACGCAGCCGCAUUACUGUAUCACUCCGCGUACUUUUAUCGUUACCGGUAAGCCGCGCAGCUCAAGAAAGUAGGUUAUUGUUGACCGCUGGAAACCACGUUACAACGGUGCGCAUUCUGCGUUGCGCGAAAAGUUUUCUCGAACGGAAGAAAAACACGUUUUGUGAACAACACGCGUGAAGCAAGGACUUUUACCUUACAAUGGUUAUUGCCCUCUUCUAAAUGGAACCGUCUUGCCCCAUUGUGCCCACCACGAUGAAAUCCUGGGCUUGUCAAUUCAGGUGAUGCUGGAGGAGCACAUUUUAACCAUCGCUGUUGAAGUUUGGCGUUGUUUUCCACUUGGUGAUCUUACACUCGCCUGGCGGUCUGUUAAGUUGCAGGGAGUUGCUGUCAAUGAACUACAGGAUUUACCAUCGCCUGUUUGUCUGCUCUGUGCAUGCGUUUGUUGAAAGGUCACAGGGCAAGUUGUGACCACCGCACGACAUGGUGCAUCUGAAUUGUGGCAUUUUAGGCAAAAGCUUUCGUUCGGUUUGCAUGGAUCUGCGAGUGAUUCAACCCGUUUUCCAGACGCAACAAAAUCUGCCUUGAUUCAGAAUCUAAUAUCUCACUUUCUCCCACCCCCAUCCCAAGCUGACAUCUCCAUUACAUUGGCAUUAUCAAACAAAUUGUCUAAACCGUCUCGUUCCAAACCGUGACUUCCGUAUCAGGAUUAUUCAGCCACUGCAGGUUCUUUGAUUGCGAAUGAACAAAAAGCGGGUACACUUUUAUGUUGGAGAAUGUGGAUCAUGACAACAACAGCAAAUGGUCUUGGCCCCAGAUUAGAACCACAGGGCAUUCAAGAGCCACUUUGAGGCUUUGUAAAUUCCCUGCAGACCUCACCAGCCAGCUGUGAUAGGGAAUCAAAUCCUCCAAUCCUUGGAAACUGGCUGAGUUGUGCAGCUGUGUGUCAGCCAGCCGUGGGUGUGUGUCAGUGAGUUGUGGGUGUGUGUUAGUAAGCUGUGGGUGUGUUAGGGCACAGAAGUUGUUUGUCAGCCUGCAGUGUGUUAGGGCACAGAAGCAGUGUGUAAGCCAGCAGUGGGUGUGUGUUAGGGGACAGCAGCUGUGUUUCAGUGAGCAGUGGGUGUGUGUUAGGGGUACAGCAAUAGCCACAUUCGUCUCUCUAUUCCAUCUCCUGGUUGUUUUUUUAAUACACUGUGUAGUGCCCUGACAGGUUAUCCCGUAAUUACAGCCAUGCCAUGCCCUUAACGGUUUUGUCAGGAACUUAAAGCUGCCCUACAUAUAUCUGGUUUAUACUGACAGUGUCAUUAGCGAGCACCUAUUAACAGUGGAAUGAGUGAACUAAUGUUGUGGUGGAAACGGCAUUGUGCAUUCCAGUGUCGGUGCUGACCACACAACAUGUAUGCGUGUGUGUGUUUGUUGAACUUCUUUCGCACUGCACAUAGCCAACUAUGAUAAUCGGAGGUGCGGGGGAAGGACAACAAACUAAAUUUAAAAAAGUAGUUAGAAAGAAAUGAGUUUUCAAUGUAGAUUUAAAAGUGCAUAGCUCCAGUGGCUUCCUAAUAUCAGAAGGAAGAGCGUUCCAGACAGCUGCAGAAGCGCAUCUGAAAGGAUGCAAUGGCCAGCCAAAAGCCGCUGCUGUUUGCCAGGUGGUCGUCAUCUCUAAUUAUCGGUGACCUAGGAGGGGGCAAGGCCAACCCAUUCCCAGAAGGUCAUGACUUGUGAUGAAACGUGGUGCUUGGUGUCACGUGUGAAUCUCCAUACUGCUACUGCCUUAACCCCCCCACCCCCGUACGUGACCGACAGAGCCCAGGUUUUGUAGUCGGCUCGUGUUGUGUGAAUUUGGUGUACCCGGCGAAAUCCUUGCGAUCCUUCUUUCUCCCAAGUCGGGGAUCACCCGUCAAACUCGCCCGUCCUGCUUUCUGACAAAACAAAAUAAGUGUCGACCAAUCGCGGGGGUACCUGGAUAUACGGUUCGGCGCGUUCAUAAUGGCAACGUCAGGGGGCCUGAGCCAGCAGCGCUGAGAUUCCUGGGUUCAAAUCCGGGCACCUGUAAUUCAACCCCGUUUUGGCGGCCCAGUCGCUAAUGACCGCACGACAAAAACGAUUGGGUUACAACAACAACAAAAAACGAGCGAUUUAAUAAGCAAAAAGAAACGUCGCAGCGACACGUAUUGUAAUGGGAGCAAAAGAAUGGCAAACGACUUGCACGCUCCGGAAACACGAGUGCCCUGCAGUUUUCAGUGGCCGUGGUGAGAUCGCUUUCUGGAAGAGACGCCAGAAGUGGUUGUAAUCAGUGCCCCGUUCUCUCCGGGCGUCCUUUCGACCAAAUUUUCGCAAGAGGGGCGGCCGUGUGCCGUCUUCUGCAGCGAGUUUUGCCGUAAGGACAUUCCUUCGCUUCGUGCCUUGGCGCCAAACGUACAAUCGGGAUGUUAUAUUGAUGGAAUUCCCCCCACCCCCUUCCCCCCCCACCACCUACUGUAUAUACUUCUGACAGAUUCAAUUGAUAGUAUUUUGACAACCGUGGUGCAGAAACAAAACACUUGUACUCUGACGUUACCAAAGUUAUUAAUUUCUCUGGUUUUCGGGUUGGAUAUUAGCACGUUGAUUCUGGUGUUGGUGGUGGUUGUUUUGAGUGAAAGUGAGCUGUGUUGUUGAUGAGGAUCUUAGGGGGUUAGUGCUGUGUGUGCAUAGUGGUCACCGCCGCAUUGACCACGUGAUUUAGAAGCAGCCGUUUUGUAGAGCCAGGUUUGAACACAAGCACCUGCCAAGCCCGACUCCCAUAGACAUCCCACUUUGCCAGUAGUUUAAAUGGGCACCACACCAGCUUUGAACAGAGACCCACACUUCAAUUGUAACCCAGACACCACUCCUCGUGUGAGCUAAAUGGGCACAGCCUCUUGUCAGCCAACACUGGGUUUGUACGGUUUUAAAAUGUAUUUCCUAUACGCAUGGUGCUACAAGAACCCUGAAUGAAAUGUGUACUUCUUUGUCAUGUAGGAUUUGUCUGGAGUGAUUUGGAGAAAUUUAAGUUUUGUUUGCUUGGAUGCCCGUGAGGACUCGGCAGUGAUUUGAUAUUUCUCGAAGAAUGAGCGAGCGGUCUUGCAUUAAAUAAAACGUGCCCUCUUUCUGCAAGUUAUAAACAACUCAGGUGUACCGUUGGGAAACUUUACGUGACUUUUCGAGCGACUUUUGUUGCUGUGGAGUUUUGCAGAUGACUUUGACGACAGAUGACUGUCCACAAAUGACUUUGACCACAAAUCGAUCAAAAUAUAUAUUUUUUGGUCGUUCUUUUUGAAGGCACAAGCAUCGUAAUAUAUCCAAAACGUCGACUGGCGUAGGGCCGACGAAGUAGACAUUACAACAAAACACCUUUAUUCGUUCUGUGCACUGGCGGAGCCAGUGGGGGGGGGGUGGCACAUGCCCCCCCAAUGAUCCGAUCGAAAUCCAAAUUUUGAUCGGAUCAUUGAGGUUUUUUAGUAAUAAAUCGGCAUUUUUGCGACCCCCACUGCCGCUGUGUAGCAUAUUAUUACGUGCCAGGGAAUUUAUGAGACGAUAGGACAAUAGUCUGCGUCCAUAAUUGACAAUAAGUAACGGCAAAGCGGUUAUAAGUGACUCGCAUAAUUGUGCGCAGUUGCGUAUACAGUCCACGACUUCCCUGAAGGCAAACACCUUCAGCGAGCGCGAUGCCGAUCACACACGGUUCGAAUUCGACCCUCGAUCGAUAGCUGUGCCAUAGUCGCACACGCGUCGAAUAAAAAGCACGGGAAAAGUACUUCCUCACAACUCCUAUAAUUUUUAAUUGCUGGAGGGGUUGCCCCCCCCCCCCUUACCUGAAAAUCCUGGCUCCGCCAUUGAUUCUGUGUCCCAGAUGACCCAAAUAUCUCUCAUACGGGCAGGAACCAUUAUGGUAAUUUAAAACUAAUAUAAUAACCUGGAACAGAGAAACAACCACAGUAGUGUAUGUCCCUAGCGUUCCCUCUAACCCCCUUCUGCAUCUGUCCCAAGAAUUUGACCCCAAGAUUUCCUUUGCUGUGUGCAAUGCAACGGUAACCUUCUCACCCUGUACAGUGGUCGAUUUAUGAGUGAUUAAGCUACACAUUCUAUUUAAAUUGAAUAUUAAAUUCGUGUAUAGUAGUUUGUUUCCUUUCACCUAUUUACGGCUGUAUAUUGCUGGAGAAUUCGUUUACACGAAACAGGCUGCCAUUAUUUUGAGUUUGUGGCCGGUGUGUGUGUGGUUGUGUUGCGGUGGGUUAUGGCGUUUGUUCCACAUCUCUCUUGCCGGGUGCCCCGUGCCAAUUUUCCCCGCACAGAUCUCCGCUGCCCGACCUUUUUAAGCGAACACAAAGCCAAUUCUGAAUUGCUGAGCACUGGCAUUCAUCGAUGUCAGAAACCGUAGCUUGCUGAGCUUGGAUAUGUGAGACCCACAGUUGAUGGGUUUUUUGUACUGUCAGACUGCAGUAACUUACAAUAAUUCAAAUAGACAACAUAUGACGUGUGCAAUUCAUAAUCGGACACAAGUUAAAACGCAACUCAAUUCGAUUCAAAGGUGGGUCCCACACCCGAGUGACCAGUCGUGCAACUCAAAUCAUUGCCUGCAACUGCUUUUGCCCGUAUCUAAGCGAGUAGUUGCACAACACGGAAAUUAAACUACGCAUUCGGGAUUUUAACGACCAAUCGUAGUCGACAAACGUGUCGCGUGAUGAAAUACGUCGCUGCGAAUACGCUGAGCACAUCGCUUGCAAAUAGUUCCGGCUGUAUGCUUCUGGUCGCACAAUACAUCAGUCACUUGUGCACAAAAUUAAGCCGAUGGAGAAAUCUUCACCGUAACACUGAUUUAGCGAAGGUGGCAUAAACUGAAGUGUCAUUGGCUAAACAGGUCAAGUUUGCUGUUGAUUCUUCAGUCAGUAUAUCAUUAAUUUUAAGCCACACUGUCGUCAUUCAAAUAAUGAUGUUUAGAAUCCAUCACAAGCCCGAAUAGCACAUGGCUUGGCAUUCCUUCUGCCAGAGAUGCAGCCCUUGUGUUAAUUCAUGAGCUCACAAGAGCCCGUGUAGUAACCGCUGUGACAGCCCCCAAUACCUGUGUGACGCUACGAGCCCCCCACGUGGUAUGGGUGUUGUGUUCCCGUUGUGGUCCCUCCAGCCACAAAACAAGAGGUAGCUUAACACCUCGGUGAGAGGGGAACGACCCGUCUAAGGAUCAAUCCCGCCCCCCCCCCCCCCCCCCCAGGCACAAACUAGUGCCAUCAAACUGCUAUCCUGUACCUUCGAUGGGCGUUGUUGGCUACGUACGGCACAAAAGAUGUUCUAAAUACACGCAUAGGAAUUCAUUGUCAAUCUGCCGCCGGACGUUUUUAAACCUAACGUUAGCAACGUGAAGUACACUUUACGGAGGUAUAUUAUGAGAUUAUAUAGCAGCCCACACUUUGUACGCUGAAGUUCCCCGGAACCGUUCGGCUUUCGUCGGACACCCCAGGAAAAAAGCGGUUUCCUUCCCUUUUCAUGCCGAACGAAAGUCGCGUGUGGCGGACUUGGGCGAGGGAUUGCGCACACGUAGGGAAGCGCGGCACGCUUCAUGGAAACUUUCGUGAUCAGCACAGAAACCAGCGGCCAGGCCGGAAGUGGCCCCCACCGCUCAGCAGAGUUGAAGCAAUAAUAAUAAUCAUUUAAAUGUAUAAAGCGCCCUUAAACAGUUGUUCUCGCCGAGUCUUGCGAUCACAAGACUCGGUGAUCACGAGGGGGCCCGUAAUCCUUUCCACAAAUCGAGCCUCGAUCACAAAAACAUCACUUGAGGCUUAAAUUCACAGAGAGAGAGAGCAUUGGAAAAUGGCAGUGCGCGUCGAGGGAAUUUGCUUCUAGGGCAUAAUGUUCCACCUUUUAGAUGGUCUAAGGAUUUUAAAUUGUUGAAGGUAAUCAUUGCAAACGUUUAUUAAUUGGGGAUGACUUCCAUCUGAAUUUAAACAACCAAUUUUUGUUUAAAUAAUUACACGGUUUUAGAUUUUAAGAAAUAUUGUCAAAGCGAUUCCACCCAAAAUUAUAUCCCUGUACACUUCACGCGGCAGUCCAUUUUCCAAGCUGUUAUCAUCUCGUUCAACAUUGAAGCCUCAUCCAAUGCUCUUGACAAACAGCUCCAGCAAAUUCCUUUAAAAAGCGAAAUACCAAUUUGCGUUAAUUAUCUAUUCAUCCCAUUUGGUGUCAUGAACAGUUAUUUUCUUUAACGUGCAAUUUGAGUUUUGGCCAAUUUAGACAAACAAACAUUUGAAUUCUGACACAGAACACAUAAGUGGCUUAUUAUUGAGACUCACAGGGUAUUGAGCAUCCAGAGAGCGAUGCGUUUCUGAAAAUAUUGCACAAAUUGCCGGGCGGUUAUGUUGAACCAUCGGUCUUUUGCGACCGAAUUUACUGCUUAACAUGUGAGAACGGUGAGCCGUUGGGGAUGAUGAUACCACAUCCCAUCAUCCCCUUGCAUGCACCCAACAAGGUCAGUGCACUUGGCGGCUCAUUCAUCAUUGCCAUUAAACAAUUCUUCAACAAAUGAAGACCGAGCGCUCAACAGUAUUUUGGAAUCGCUUUUUCAGAAAUUACCUUGAGCACGGAUAUUUCCUUACUGUGCAAUUGUGGGGUUGGUUUACACGUGACUCAUUCCUCACCCUCAUCCGAUCGAGCGAGUUCGUAUCGGAUUCUAUUGGCAUAUUCACGAAGGUGAUGGGGGCGGGGGGUGCACUGUGUUUCACUACAGCUAUAGUAGUGCUUUGACUAUAAAGAUCCUAUCUAAAUUGGCUCACGUAUGCGGGGGUCACCCCCCACCUUUUCCAAAAGGCACACUCAGCUCACACCGGAAACCGAGCCUUGAGUUUUACGGCUGAAUCCCCCUCAAAAUCUUGCAAGUUAAGUCUCCUGCAACUGCUUUGUCCACGUCUUGGCAAUGAGUUUUGCGCACCAGCCACGCCCUUUAGAAAAUACAUCCCCCCCCCGCCCCUCUUUUCUGAUCAGCUCCCCUGCCCCUCGCCUCCCCCACGCACGCACAGAAUCGUCACGACCAAUAAAUAAUUAAAAGAGUAACUUCACAAAUGUUCACUUGUCAAAAAAAGAUUACGUUGCUACAAAUAGCUGAGCAAGGUGGAUGCUUGAAAGUGGAAUGUGUCUCCGUUGUCAAGCAAAAACCCGGCUGCGCAACUGCUCUCGCGACCGGCAUCGGAGACGUCCACACCUCCUUGAGAUCUGUUGCACGAACCUCGGUUGCAUGCAACCACACCGAAUCCCUUUCUACGUGCGGACGUCUGUCUUGGUUGCUUGCGCCUGAAGUGGGGGGGGCGGGGGCGAAGGAAAGACAUUGGUGUCGGGUUCACUGGGUUAGGGGAUGACCCCCUUUUUUCAAAUUGUUGUAGCAUUGUCUACAAAACAGCCCACGGUAAAGAGGCAAGGGCAGGGAAGUGAACCUGGUGGGCUGCGACGGUGAGAUUAUUGACCGGUUGUUGAAUGUGCGGCCUGCCGCGGCAGCUGCUUAAACCGUCGGUGGUUUUUACUUUUGAAUUUACCGUUUCUGUAUCGUUGCUGUUCUUGUUAUAAAGUUAUUUUCGACUUCACGUUUCCUCAAUGAGGACUCUUCAGCUCCAGUUUGUGAGCUGUUAGCUUUGUAAGUAUGGCAACAACUUUAAGACACUUGUAGUAUAAUAUAUACAUAUAUAUUUUUCCCCCCGGUUAUUAAAAUGUAAGUGUAAUUGUAGCACGGGAGACUCGCUAAGCUCACAUUUUUUUGCGAAAAAUGUUAAACGUAAAAAAAAAACGUUAUUUUUUGCGCGUGAUUACUUUGUUGGUAUUUUUAAUUUUGAUACUUGGCUUUUGUUAAGGCAUUUGGAAAGGGUCUUUUUUUGUAAUUGCUCCCGAGUAUAGCGAGUGCAUUUGUAAAUUGUACACGGUCCCCCAAAUGUUAAUGAAAACCAUUGCUUUUAUUUAUUUUUUUCCCCUCUCAAAUGUUGACUUUUUUUUUGCUCUAAAGGCUCGGUCGGGAUCGUUGAAAACAGUUUUAAUAAAAAAAACUAUUCUUAUGGUAAUCAUUUCUGAAAGCUCUUGCAAAUCUGUCAAUUUUUAAGUUCUCCGCUCAAAUAAAGUUUUAUUUGGACACAGA